UUGUAUAUGAAGCCAUCACAAAGAAAUACCAUAGCUCAUAAUUUCAAGUCGAGGGCUCCCCAAGCCAACCAGAUUCAUUUUGAGAGGAUCAGAAAAUUUAUAUGUAAAGACAACAAAGCAACUCAAAGAUCUUCACAAAGAGGAGGAGGCACCAAUAGAAGUUUUUCCUUGAGCAAACCUUACAGAAAACAAGUGAAGUCGAUAAGUCCUUCUCCUGGACACCCUCAACGAAAAAGGAAGUUUGCCAGAACUUAUAAGAUCAUAAUUUCAAGAAAUAAAUUUAACACUCCUGAUAUCAGAGGGGCUUCAACUACUUUCAGAUGAGUUAAUAACAGAAAUUUUCUGUCAGAAGAAGCUAAGAAAAAGAAAAAUAGCUUCAGAAUUAAUAGCAAUACCAAGAGAACACCUCUAAGUGAUCUUAAGAAUAGAAUUAAGUCCUUGUCUCCAGACCAAAGGAAAGCCCUAUCCUCGGCUGCUAGUCAGUUUAUUAAUUCUAUAAAAAGCUCUAAAAGGCGAGGCAUUUAUAAGCAGAACGCUAGAAGAAAAUUCAAAGCUGUGUCACCAACUCUCCCAAGGCGUGGGAUUAAGAAAGAGCUUCAGGAAAACUCUAGUACAAUUUUUUCUUUUAAUAAUGGUAAAAUCCCGGACAACACAAUUGAACCUAGAGAGUAUACUUCUGAUCCAAAUUUCCAGACUGCCAGCAAGUUUGAUGAACUACAUUACAAACUCAUAAAUUUGAAAUCAAGCAUUGGAAUGGUAAAUUCACCAUACAUUUUGAGCAAGAAAUUACAAAGACUCAAAUCAAAUAAGCAAGACCCCCAAACUCAAGCCCAGUGCUCAAAUCUAUUAAAUAAAGACUAUAUAAGCGAAGUAUGCUUUGAAGAAGACCUCUAAACAUCCGAUAAUCCACCUUCCAGCCAUAAACCUAUAAAACUUCUUUCAACUUCUUCU